AUGGCUCCGACUUAUAGCGUCCGAAAGGUCGCUGCUCCCAAUACCUUGGAGCAUCGAGUUUACGUCGAGAAGGAUGGCGUCCCCGUUUCGGCCUUCCACGAUGUCCCUCUCUAUGCCAACGCCGAGCAGACCGUUCUCAACAUGAUUGUUGAGAUCCCUCGAUGGACCAAUGCCAAGCUUGAGAUCUCCAAAGAUGAGCUUCUCAACCCUAUCAAGCAGGAUAUCAAGAAGGGCAAGCUACGAUACGUCCGCAACUGUUUUCCCCAUAAGGGUUACCUAUGGAACUACGGUGCCUUCCCUCAGACCUGGGAAGACCCCAACUCCAUCCACCCUGAGACGAAGGCUAAGGGAGACAACGACCCCCUCGAUGUUUGCGAGAUUGGUGAGCUGGUUGGUUACCCUGGUCAGAUCAAGCAGGUCAAGGUUUUGGGUGUUAUGGCCCUUCUUGACGAGGAAGAGACCGACUGGAAGGUCAUCGUUGUCGACAUCAACGACCCCUUGGCUGCUAAGCUAAACGACGUUGAGGAUGUUGAGCGACACCUGCCCGGCCUCCUCCGUGCCACUAACGAGUGGUUCCGUAUCUACAAGAUCCCUGACGGAAAGCCUGAGAACCAAUUUGCUUUCACCGGCGAAUGCAAGAACAAGGCCUAUGCCCAAGAUGUCAUCCGUGAAUGCUCCGAGGCCUGGGAGAGAUUGAUUACUGGUAAGACCCAGCCCGGUGGUAUCUCUACGACCAACCUCACCGUUUCGCACUCCCCGAGUCGUGUUGGUCCCGAGCAGCUACCGCCUCUACCCACCAACGAAGAGCUCCCCCCUGAGAAGAUUGACAGCUCGAUUGAUAAGUGGUUCUUCAUCAGCGGUGCUGCGGCAUAGGUGCCUACACAUCUUCGAGGCCGGUAGAAAAAAGUUUGGCGGAUUUAUAACUUCGAAAAUUUCCGAAAAGCUCCACUUGAUAGCACAACUAGCAUGAUGUCUAUACCACAUGCAUUGGGUUAAUUGAAACACAUUACUUCCGAAAAAUAGACAAUUAUUCCUCGUUUCCAUUGCGUGGGCGUUAUAUUUCGUGAGAUAAGUCCGUAUUAAGGAAAUAAGUGCUGCGUUGUCUCUAAUAAUCGAAGAGAGUAU